UCGUGUAUAUAUAGAAAAAAAUUACUCAGGUCUUCCAACACAAGAACUUCUUUGAGUUGUUAAUAAGGCACAAACGUAUUUGUUAAAGUCUGUCGUCACAUCCGGCGCUAGAUCGGGAUUUCACUGUUAUUCACCGUAAAAUUCCGACCACGUUGAUUCCAUCUAAUUCUGUAUUCAACAUUACUUGACAGCGGAGUUUAACUUUCUUCCACUUUCGGAUCACAAACGCUUUUAAAGUACGACCUUGCUUGAAAUGACUCUAUUAUUCAACUUUACUCUCUCCUAAAAGCAGCAGCAGUCCUACAUCUACAAGCAAAUAUUUUUUUUCUCUGAUCGUCAUCAAAGUGAAGCGGUCAUCUUCUCGUUUAACGUGUAACAGGUAGGAGGAGCACCAGUUUGUUCUUUACGAGCAUAGCGAAGGAGUCAAAGUCAGGAUCGCCGGAUUGCGAGUAACGUAUUCUUGAAGCACUCGGUUGCACGUCUCCCCAAAGUUAUGGCGUACAUUAUGAAACCGAUACCCAAAAGAAAAUUGGAUUGUCGUGAUCUCAGUUAUCCAGAUUUCUCGCUAACAAAGAGUUACACUCUCCCAUCAAAGGCCAAUCGGUUGAUACAAAAAAGUGGCAAAGUGACUCUGCAGCCCUCCAGAGUACCUCAGAUGAAAAAGCUCACCAUGAGUGAUUUUUUCACGACCUUCGUCGAGGCCAAUUGGUGUUUGGUGAUUGGGAUGUACUUGGUUGUUUUCAUCUUCAGCUGGGCAUUUUUCGGCACAGUUUGGUUUGCGAUCUUUUGGCUCCGGUUUCGGUUCGAUAGUGGGGUCACUUGCGUGGACAAUGUUGAUUCAUGGACCUCUGCUUUCUUACUCUCUGUGGAAACGCAGACUACUAUUGGUUAUGGCGGUCGACAGAUAACCCCUCAAUGCCCUGAGGCCGUGGUCUGCCUUCUUCUCCAGUCUCUCGCUGGCUUCCUCUUAACUACGUCGCUCCUUGGCUUUUUUUUCGCAAAACUCUCCCGCGCUAAUCCCAGGAGCAAAAUGGUCCUGUUCUCGGAGUGUGCAGUCGUGAAGCUACACAACGACCAGUUGGCAUUAAUGUUUCGGGUUGCUGACGCGCGUAAGAGCCAACUGAUAGACGCGACAAUCUCUCUCCACUGCUUUCGCUUUAAGACCGACGAAAAUGGACACGAAGUGUUGAAGUCUCAAAGAAAAAUUCCGAUCACUAUCGAGCAUGAACAGGAGAGCGACGAGCUCAUCAAGCCGUUUCUGCUGAUACCUCUGACAGUAGUGCAUGUCAUUGACAAGCAAAGUCCGCUGUACAAAAUUGGGCCUCAACAGCUGGCGAAUUCCCGGAUGGAAUUCAUCGUUGUGUUAGAAGGUGUAGUGGAAUCAACAGGUAGUGUUAUCCAGGCUAAAACUUCUUACUUGGCGGAUGAAAUUCUUUGGGGUCAGAAGUUUUGCAACAUUUCCCUCUACGACGCGAUGAAGACGGACUUAUCGUCCUUUGACAAAACAACACCAAAGCCAACACCUGAAAUGUCUGCUGAGGAAUACGAACAAUCGAAACGAACACAAACAGAAGUUCAGGAAGACGAGACCGUGACAUCAGAUAGUGAAGAGAAGACUACUGAAAAUGGCGCUUGCAAAAUCUACAUUGAACCAAAUACAGCAUCGUCUACUCAGAGAUUCUACAAUUGUUGCAAAACUAAAUGCAAUUGCGUAACCGUUUAAAGUUAUAAUAUAUGUUCCGAUGUCCUUUAUUCUAUACUAACCAAAAUUUAAAAAAAAAAAACUUUUUUAAGCACAUGUGGUUUUGUUGAGGACAGGCAGCCAUGGCAAAG